AUGAACGUGUCAUUCGAUGUAGGACUACCCGAAUACAGCAUCCUGCUGAAUUCCAUCUUCGCCGAUUUUGAGGCAUUUCUAGCCCUUGAAAAGGGCAAAAAGCCCGCGGUAAAGAAAACAGUGUCUGAUGGCGUUUAUAAACGACAAAGGGCCGGUGGUGGUGCUCAGUUGGCUUCCCUCAACGCCCGUCUGACUGCCAGCUGUCCCAAAGUGCCUUCAUUCUGCGGUCAAAUUGUUGCAUCGCCGGAGAGCGCGUUUACAUGCAGGUGCGUCGCUGUUUGUUGUCCUGUUCGUACCCUUUCGAAAUUAUUUACCAUUUCCAUUUGCGCUGAUACCUGCUGA